CAGACAUCGUCGGAGGAGCGAGGAAAAUAAAUUUAUUUGCGGCGCACUUGUUGCUCGCGACACAAGUCGAACGCCUACACAUUGGAAAUUAUCGAUUUUCAAUAGGGGCGCGUGAAAAAUUCGACAUCGGGCGGUUUAAUUAGUGCAUCGGGACCAGCAACGCGGCUUCGUCGACGUUUCAAAUCGGUUAUUUCGCGGAAAUAAAAGGUAAAAUUCGUGACCGAUUCGAUUUUCGUCCCAGAUUUUUAACGAGCGCCGGUGGCGACGCCGCGCGGCCGACCGCCGAACCAAAUCGGAAUACGUUGUACGAAUACCUCGAAUGCGGACGUGUGUGUGGAUCAUCAUGAAGAAAUAACGACGAAAAAUGGAGUAAAUCGGCUAUUUAGUGGAAAAGUGCAACCGAAAAUUGUGUGCGGAUAUGUGUGGUAACGUGUGUAUGUGUAAAUAAUGUUCGUAUCGUCGACGAGGACUUGAGAUUUAUUUGUAAACAAACACGAACUGUGCGAGUUUUUGUUCAAGAUGGCUGGACUUUGAAGAUUAUACUCUUUGUCCGCAUGUCAUUAUGAAAGUUGAGCCCUUUGCCCAGGAUCGGAGGAUAGUGUGGGAAUGCAUGACAUGUUCAUCCAAUCCCAACAGUCGGUCACGAAUAGCAGCAACAGCAACAACAGCAACAGCACCAACGGGGCAGUGCAACCAAAAAAGCGCAAGGCGGAACAUUACAUCGGCAACGGCGGCGGUGCGGAACUCUCUUUCAUCGAACAGGUGUUCUGUAUAAACGGCGGCGCGCAAAACUUCGGCUCGGCUUCGAUAUCGACGCAGACCGGCAAUCACCAGCACGGCCAGAACGGCAACCAUGCCAGCAAUAGUCCCGGACGCGGUACGAAUCAGCAACCGUUCGUUCGCGCUUCCACCAUCAAAUUGCUAGACACUUACCAGCGCUGCGGCCAGAAACGGAAAACCUGGUCGCCUGAGGGUAAUGGUAAUAGCUGCGGGGAGUCGGUCAUACCAAAUACAGAUUGUCCAAUAUCGACAACCACGACGGCCCACAGCAAGGUUACAGCGGCUCCGGGGGGCACCAACCCCCAGCCGCAAGGGUCGGCGGCGACGAGCGGCGCCGACGGCGACUACCAGCUGGUGCAGCACGAGGUGCUGUAUUCCAUGACCAACCAGUACGAGGUGCUCGAGUUCUUGGGCCGCGGCACCUUCGGUCAAGUCGUCAAAUGUUGGAAGAAAGGCACCAACGAGAUCGUCGCUAUCAAGAUUCUCAAGAAUCAUCCCUCUUACGCGAGACAGGGUCAAAUCGAAGUUAGCAUACUAUCGAGAUUGAGUCAGGAAAAUGCGGACGAAUUCAAUUUCGUGCGCGCCUACGAGUGCUUCCAGCACAAGAACCACACGUGUCUUGUGUUCGAAAUGCUCGAACAGAAUUUGUACGAUUUUUUGAAACAGAACAAGUUCAGCCCGCUACCGCUGAAAUACAUCCGGCCGAUUCUGCAGCAGGUUCUGACGGCGUUGCUCAAACUUAAGCAAUUGGGCCUGAUCCACGCCGACUUGAAACCGGAGAACAUCAUGCUAGUGGAUCCGGUGCGACAGCCGUACCGCGUCAAAGUCAUCGACUUCGGCAGCGCCUCGCACGUGAGCAAGGCCGUCUGCAACACCUACUUGCAAUCGAGGUACUAUCGAGCGCCCGAGAUCAUCUUGGGCCUGCCGUUCUGCGAGGCGAUCGACAUGUGGUCGUUGGGCUGCGUCGUCGCCGAGCUGUUCUUGGGCUGGCCGUUGUAUCCCGGUUCGUCCGAAUACGAUCAAAUCAGGUACAUCAGCCAGACGCAAGGACUGCCCACGGAGCAUAUGCUCAACAACGCGUCGAAGACGACCAAAUUCUUCUACAGAGACAUGGACAGUACGUAUCCCUUUUGGAGGUUGAAGACGCCCGAAGAACACGAGGCCGAGACGGGGAUCAAAUCGAAGGAAGCCAGAAAGUACAUAUUCAAUUGUUUGGACGAUAUUGGACAGGUGAACGUGCCGACGGAUCUCGAAGGCGGGCAAUUGUUGGCCGAGAAAGUCGACAGGAAGGAGUUCAUCGAUUUGCUGAAGAGGAUGUUGACGAUGGAUCAGGUAGAAAGAAGAACGACUCCGGGCGAGGCUUUAAAUCACGCAUUCGUACGAUUAGCUCAUCUCGUAGACUACGCGCAUUGUAACAACGUUAAAGCCAGCGUGCAAAUGAUGGAGGUUUGUCGAAGAAACGACUACAACAAUGCAUCAUCUGCUACUCACCAUCAACCGGCUCAGCAGGCGCCGUCGUUGGUCGCCAAUUUCGUGCCCAGUUCCAACGGCAACGUGACGUUCACCAUAAACAACCAAUUGACUAAUCAAGUACAAAGACUUGUCAGAGAUAGGUCUGGUUAUGACAACUUGUAUCAAAUAUACAACGGUCGAACGGUGGGAAGACAGUACGCGACCAGCAGCAGAGCCGAUCCGUUCCAGCACCAAUUAGUAUCGAGCAUUCUAUGCCCGGCCGGUUAUCAAGGAAUGGGCGGUUCGCCCGCCAAGCACGUGACCGUCGUGCAACAGCAACAAUUGCAAAUCCAACCGCCGAUACUCAGCCAACCCGGCCAACAGCAGUACGUUCCCGUCAGCGUGGUCGAGCCCAGCGGUCGACAGAUGUUAUUGACCAACGCCGUGCAAACGUCGUGGCCGACGAACCGCCAGCAAAUGGCCAUCGUACCGUCGUGGCAACAGCUACCGCCCCAGCACGCUACAAUACAACAACCUCUGUUAUCGGAGACGGAUUGGGGCCGGCCGCUUUUGGUCGAUUCCUCGGCCAUACUGCAAGAACAACGGCCCGUGUUUCCCGUCGACGUCGCCGCCGAAGUCUACAAUCCGACGAUCGUCGAUCACACGGGCGCUUCGUGGAGCACCAGCAAGAGGAGCUCCAAGAACCACCACGGCCAACAGACGGGCUCGCACCACAACCACCAUCAUUUGAUGGUUCCGACUCACCAUAGAUCUCAGCACGAUAAGAAGGAACAAACGCAGUUGAGUCCGGUGAAAAAGCGCGUCAAGGAAGGCACACCGCCCUCCGAACAAUACGUCAGCAGCAGGAGAAAUCACAGUCCGAAUAACCAAUGGCAUAAUUCAUCUUCACAUCAACUUGUCUCAUCUCAAGACCACCAGACUCAAACGAUCCACCACCACCAUCACCAUCAUCACCACAACGGCAAUUCGGCUUCGGUUUCCGUCGUGCCCGCCAAGCAACAUACGAUAACGAUCAACGACACGCCUUCUCCGGCCGUCUCCGUCAUAACGAUAUCGGACAGCGAGGACGAAGCGGCGCCGGGCAACAAAAAAUUGAUCAACACCAACACCCAAACGCAACCGCUGGCGCCGCCGCCGCCGCCGCCCAACGCGGCCCAGAGGAAGAACGUGAUCAGCUGCGUCAGCGUGCAGGACAGCGACAACGACGAGCGCAAUUCGGCCAAAAAUCACAACUACAAUCCGGUGAUUAAAAACGAGCCGUGCCAGAAUCACUGCGGACAGAGCGGUACUAAUUACGCGUCGAUUUCGCAGAAGAAACGGCUGUUGGCCAAAGCGCAAUCGGAGUGUAUGCUGAACGUUCCCACCAAACAGGAGCCGGCCGAUUACAAUUACAUACAACACUGCGGAUCGUCGUGCAAAGAACCGCCCGUACAAACGUACCAGUACGUUUCGGCGUCGCAGCACGACCAAGCGGCGUACGCGACCGGCGACAAGCGCGUCAGCUGGGCGCCGCCGGUCGCCCACAACGCGUCGAGCCAUUCGCGCCGGCAUUCCGCUGUGCCGGUGGUCAGUUUGCAGGAGUACGCCGUGCCGGCGCAGCCGCACAACGACUACGUCCAACCGCCGGCGGCGCACACGACGCGCGACGCCUUGACCGUGGCCAGGGAGCCGCACCUGCUGGCGCCCGGCAAGGGCUGGGGCCCGCCGCAGGCCAUCCAUCCGAGUUACAGACACGGCCAAGCUCAUCUGUCGCCUCAACCGUUGGCGGCGGCGCCGCGCCUUUCGCCGCAACAUCCGCUGGCGGCGGCCGGGCAACCGCUCUACCACCAGACGACGGAGCUCUACAGGAGGCCCGUUUACGUCACGACCACGCAACCUGCGUACCUGCCUGCCACGCACCAAGUGGCGCCCGCCGGGCGCGCCCUGCCACCGCCGCCGGCUCACCACGCGAGCGCCAGGCCGGUGAUAGCCAGCCACGCUAGCCAUCCGCUGCCGGCCCAUCUGCAGUUCCCGUCGCACGCUCAGGUGGCGGCGACGUCGUACGGGUUCGCGCCGCUGAGCCCGGCGAAGAGCCACCAGUACCAGCCGCUGUGGUACGAUUAGACGGUGGGAGCUGGAAACGUCGAGAAUCGAACGGAUUUGCGAAUCGAGUUUGUUGGACCGGAUGCGAGCCGCUCAAAUUGUUUGGUCCGGUGUUUGUUUUUUUUUAAUGAGAAGUUGCGUUGUGGAUGUCGCUCGUUUGGUUCGAUAAUUAUUCUUUUUUGAAACGAAAACUGCUUCUUUGUAGAUUAUUCUCUUUUUUUUUUCUUCGUACUAUUCUUUGUAGAAUUACGUUUGAUUUUCGUGACAUUGGUUUUCAUGAGUCUUCGAAGGGAUUUACGUUAUUUUGUAAGAGACUUUAAACCGAAUGUGAUUUAUCCUAAUUUAUACAUUAUGAAAUUAGUGCCUAUCCUAACUAUUAUUUUUAUUUUCUUGCUUUGAGUGUUAUAUAUUUUUUUUUUAAUUUAAUUGUUAAUGGUUUUUUUUAAAUCGAGGCAAUUUUGCCUUGUUAAGGGUAUUAAUCUGUGUUGAAUAACAACGUACUGUUUAUUUUUAUGAAAACGAGGCAUCAUUUUUGAGUGCUUUUUUUAUGUAAAUAUUUAGUUCACGCACUCGAACACGACGCCUUUUCCAUUGCGCUAUCGAACGGUGGAAUUUUAUUAUUAUUCUCAAAUAUUUUACAUACUGCCUUCAUAUCAAAAUAAAUGAAAAAAAAAUCGCUUGUCGGGCGAACUUACCGUUUAGCAUUUUAGUCCAAAUAGAAUUAAAUAAUUUGAAUUAAAUAUAUUCACACAUUAAUUAUCUUCUUCGUAUUAUAUCUUAACUUUUAUACAAAUUUUUCGGCGCUUAAUUAACUAAUCAAAAAACAAUUUUAGCCGCCGCGCCGAUAUUAAGUUUUUAGUUCUAAUUCAUAAUCUCCUGCGAUGUGGUGGAGAUUUAACAAUUUCAUGUUUAUUUUAUAUUAAUUGAGCUUGUUUUAGAGCUUACUAAUUAGUUUUUUCGAGUAGUAACACAAAGAUUCGUAAUAAUUAGUUUUAAUGCUCGAGUGUUUAUUUAAAUUAAAGAAGAAAAAAACGUCCCAUUAUCUAAUCUCGCUUUUAUAUUAUCGUAAUUAUCGCUUUAUUACACUGCUUGGUUAUAAUUAUAACUGAUUUUAAAAUUAUAGGGACACUGUAACACUGGGGUAUUAAGAAGGUUUGUGGUUUAAAUAAUUUGGCUUUUUUUAUUAAUUUAAGCAUAGGAUUAAUUUAGUUAAGUUUGUUUCAAGAUAUACCACCUUGACUAUUUAACGAUUCAAUACUCUAAUAAUCUUCGAAAUUUGAAAGGUUUAUUUUAAAUCGAAUUAAAGUAUAGUUGGUGCAAAACAAAUAUCAAUGCACUUAAUACUUGCAGAAUUUAAUUUAAUAUUAACAAGGGAUGAUAGAAAAUGUUGAAAAGCAGAAUUUAAUCGUCCAAACAAUAUUUAUUGUCAAAAUUCAACGUUUGAAUUGAUAUUUGUUUUGUACUGCCUAUAAUUCAGUAUUAGAUAACUUGAAACAAAUCAUAUACUCGUAUUUAAUUUUGUACGGUUAGGUUGCAUUGUUCCUGUACGAUUUGAAUGGUUUAAGUAAUUUGUGUUACUACGUUUUUUUUUU